CGUCCCAGCAGGAUCAGCUGUUGCGGCCAGAAGCGCUUCUCCGCCCGCGGUGCCUCCCGCCCCGGCGAUGAAGAGCGCGCCCCCCGGGCUGGAAGAAAGCGAGUCCCCCGCGGCCGUGCAGAUUCGCCCCGCAGCGGAGAGCGAGGACUUGCAGACUGAUCCCAAAGGCCCCUUAGCCUGAAGAGCUGGCUUUCCAAACAGACAGCCGAGCAGCUUUGAUGACUGAUUGCUUUUGAAAUGGCUGAAAAAGAUGGAGGCCUUAAAACGUGCAGCUGGACUCUGCCUAAAGUCAUGGCAGUGGGAGCCAGUGGCUUUCUGCUCUUGGCUGGAAUUGGGGCUGGACUCUGGGCAAUAGUAGCAUCUGUGCUUGGAAGUGAAAAGGAAAGCUUAUAUGUUGUUCAGGUGAAUACCGAGGACCUGCGCUUGACUGUGUAUGAUGAGAAUGAAGGAAAAUGGAGGCUCCUUUGUUCUUCCUCCUCUGAUGCUCAGGUGGCAGCUCUCAGCUGUGAGGAGAUGGGAUUUGUCAGGUCUCUCUCCCAUUCGGUCCUGGAUGCAGACAGUGUAGGUGCCAAUGGAACAUCAGGCUACUUCUGCGUGGAUGAGUCUCGCCUGCCUUUUGUGCGAAGGCUCAGAGAGGCCAUCUUUGUGUGUGAAUGUCUGACAGGCCGGUUCCUGGCAACCCUCUGCCAAGAUUGUGGACGCAGAAAGUUGUCUGUGGACCGGAUUGUAGGUGGCCAAGAUGCCAGUUUGGGUAAAUGGCCCUGGCAAGUCAGCCUACGUUAUGAUGGGACACAUCUUUGUGGUGGCUCUGUCAUCUCCAAUGAAUGGGUUGUUACAGCGGCUCACUGCUUUCCAGAGAGGAAUCGCGUGGUAAGCCGGUGGCAGGUGUUCGUGGGUGCCAUAUCUCAACAGUCCACUAGGGGGCUGCAGGUGGGCGUGGCCAGCAUUGUGUACCAUGGUGGGUACCAGCCCUUCGCGGACCCCAACAGUGAGGAGAACAGCAAUGACAUUGCCUUGUUGCGCUUAGCCACACCACUGUCCUUCAAUGAAUUUAUUCAGCCCAUCUGCCUCCCAGCACUGGGGCAAACUUUGGUGGAUGGCAAGAUCUGUACAGUGACGGGAUGGGGCAACACACAAUACUACGGCCAACAGUCUGAUGUCCUGCAAGAGGCCAGCGUACCCAUCAUCAGCACCAGCGUCUGCAACAGCCCUGAUUACUAUGGCAGUCAGAUAAGGCCCAGGAUGUUCUGUGCUGGUUUUGCAGCUGGGGGCACAGAUGCUUGCCAGGGUGACAGCGGUGGCCCUUUUAUGUGUGAAGACAGCAUUUCACAAAUGUCACGUUGGCGGCUCUGUGGCAUUGUGAGCUGGGGCACAGGCUGUGCCCUGGCCAAUAAGCCUGGUGUCUACACCAAGGUUACUGAUUUCCAUGGGUGGAUCUACCGCACAAUAAAGCUAAAUUCCCACACUAGUGGGUUGAUGAUUCAGAAAUGAAAUGCCAGGAACUCAAAUACUGAUACCUUCCUAGCCUCCUCCCUUUCCAGCGAACUGCUGUUGUUUCAAAAGGAAGAAAAAGAAUCAAGGAAGAAGGUGAAAAAAAUGGAACAAACGUAAUGAUAUCUUUGGCCUGGCCAAAUGUGAGAGGAAUGGGACAGUCCUUGCCAAAUGCUAAAGGUGUCAUGGCACAUUGGCUCUUUAAAGCUUUUGAUAAGAUGCUUUUGUUGUGUCACCUUGUCUUAGUGGCGCUUCUGGUCCUUCAGAUGCUCAUCUAUGGAUGAGUUUCUGCGCCCAGCUUCCCAAGGCAUUUGUGGUCGGUUAAGGAGUGGCUUCUGGGUGGGCUCCUGCUACAUAAAAUCACAUGCACAACUUUAUGAGUUUAAUGUCAUAACUUUAAUGGAUGCACUUGGAUUAAAAGAUUGUAAUAAAAAUCCUGACUCCAGCAGAUCAUAUAUUGAAGGCAAAAGCUAAAAUCUCAAAUUUCACUAGUAUAGUGGAUUUGCAUGAUGUCAUUUCACAUCUAUUCAUUUUCACUGGAUUAAUAAGCUGUCGUAACAAUGUAUCCCAACAGACUAUUUUAUGAUUCUUUGGUUCUUGAGCUCUGUUGUCCAAACUUCUUUAGAUCAGGUCUUCUCAACAUGAUGUUCCUUAGGUGUGUUGGAUUAUUAUUUUCCUCAUUCCUAGUCACAGAUCACGCAGUUAUAUCCUUCAGAUGUGUUGGAGUACAAAGAUGAUUGGGGAAACUUGCUUUAAAUCAUUAGACUUCAGCCCAUCUUGUUUACAUUGCACAUGUGUUUUCACACAACUUUCUCUCUGCUCUCCCUUUAUUGGCUCAGAAUUUUAAUAGUGGAAGAACUUCAUUAUAUGAUUAAUGGAAUUAACUAAACAAACUUGGAAUCUAGAGGGGAAGGCAGAUGGAAAAGGAAACCGGAAGACCAUGAGAACAUGAAGGAGGUUUGGAUGAACAUAAAAUAAGUUACUGCAAAUAGAUUGGGCUUGAAUCCUACUGUGGAUUAGCAAGAACAGAAAGUUUAUAUACAGGAGAGGAUAAUUCCAAGGGUGAGAACUCCUUCCCUGGCUGAAUGAAAAGCAGGCAUAAAGGCUGAUGGGUCAGCUCUUCUGUGUAUCCAAUAGAAGAGAAUAUAUGUAGCUCAGGGUUAAACUGUGGAGUCCUUGGUGCUCUCUGAGCGUGGUUGUUUGCAGAUGUUUCAUUACCCAAUUAGGUAACAUCCAUGCUAGUGAGGGUGGGGUUGUCUCCCUGUUUAUAUAUGGAGUCUUCUGUGUAUGCUGUUGGGUUGUCUGCCCACUUGACGGUUCCCUUAUAUUAAUGUGUGAUGGGGAAAAGACUUAGAGCCCUUCAGAUGAUCCUUUUCUUCUUGUAUAUCCCUUUGAAGAGUCUCACCCAACCUGGUGCCUUGGCUGGCUAGAAUUCUUGGAAUUGCAGUCCAUUACAUGUCAUAGAAGACAUCAGUUGGGGAAAGGUCUCUUGAAGCUUAGUUCCUGUCCUAUAUCAUUUUCAGUGAUGGAGUCUGACUGCUUGCGUCUGUUGGUAUACAUCUUAGACUUAGGAAGUGACACAGUGAUAUACAGUUGUAUCUGCUUGCGCUUUGUUAACAAUUAUGAUUUAUAAAUUAUCAGCUAAGUACAAUCGACAUUUUCUUUUUACAAAGAAACUUUCUGUUUUUACUUUUGGCUGAGGCCAAUACCUUCCAAUGCCAGGAAGUAUCUAAGAAAGUCCAUUCAUUAUGUUUUCUUAUAUUGUAUAUAGAUGACUAUACUGACUCUUCUCAGCCUUAUUUAAUCAUGUACACUCAGACUGUAUAUAUUUCAUAAUUGUAAUGAUCUCAAUAAAGAAAACUGGU